CGGAUGUGAGUAUUUGCGGAGAAUUUAGGCUUUAUAUAUUUUUGAGAGUGGCCAAACCACAGUACAUUCUCCAAACCCUAGAUGUGCACGGAAGAGAAGUCAUAUAUGGAUUCUUCAAAAUCACGAUUUCUUCCUAGCUUUUCCGAGCCAUAUGCGGAUCCUUCAAAAAGACGAUUUGUUCCUAGCUUUUCCGUUCGACAUCCAAUUCCGCCUCCAAUUCCGCGUCCAAUUCCGGUAGUCGACAAGGAUGGAACUGAUGUACACCACUAUUGCGCUAAAAUGGCAUUGGAAUAUUAUAACAAGAAAAAUGGGAAGAGGUAUGAACUUGUGGAUGCUGGGUGUAGUUCUGCCUUUUUAGCUCCUGGCAUCUGGUUUCACUGCAACUUCAAGGCUAGGCCAUGCAGGAAUUCCUGCGAAGAUGGGAAUGAAAAGACCUCCACCGAGCUCUUUUUUGCUGAGAUUCAUGAUGACUCUAAACUCUGAAGAAAUAUUGUUAAUGCCUGCCGUAUUUUAAGAGGUAAAACUACUGUUGGUUGUCAUUUUUGCCACAAUGAUAUUGCUCAUCCUACCCAUGGAUUUCAUAGAGGCCUCUACCGUUGCGAACCCCGUGCAUUGCGUUCUAAUCGCUGGCCUGUCAGUUCAAGUUUGGUGGAUAGUGCUGCCUUCCGUCCUGCUGCGAUGUCGUAGCUAGUAAGAAAAUUUCUUGAAUGUACUUUCUAUUAACCCAAAUGCAUCUUGAGAUUACGCCAUCUAUCUACUUCCAUCUCCUGAUAACAACACCUCUAAUUCUUCCGUUGUAAUCUGCCUUUUGUAGGUGGACGCUAUCGUUUUCUUUUAAAUUUGGAAAAUUAUCAAUGACCUCCUUCCAGGUUUGAUACAUUAUCGCUCACACCUCCACUAUAAAAGUUGUACUCUCACCCCCUCCCUAUUCUUUGAUGAUGGUUAGUAACUUUCAAUUUUCGUUUAGAGAAAAUUAUGGACAUGGUUUCUUAACUUUUGAUUGUGUCCCGCUAUUAAUGUUGUAACUUUUAUGCAAACACAUAUUUGAUGGGAUAAUUAAUAAAUUUGUGUAUAUUUAAGACCUUUCCACUUGAAAUUGAACCUAAUAAAACAAAAAAGAUCAAAACUGAUGAAUUGAUUUUUUUGAAUAAAAUUACAACAUUGAAAGUGAACACAAUCAAAAGUUAUGAAACUAAAUACUUUGUAUAUAGUUUUCUCUAAGUAUAAAUUAGAAGUUACUUAACUAUCAUUAAAAGAUAGAGUGGGGUAAAGAGUACAUUUUUUAUAGUGCAGAGGUGUGUGUUGAAAUACAUUAAAUCUCAUGGGAGGUCAAUGAUAAAUUUUCUUUUCAUUUUGUUACCUGGGUGCAUGUUGAUGAUGUCAAUCACUUAUUUAGUGGUUCUUGUCCUAAAAUGAAAUUAGAGAGAUAUUAAAUGAUAGAAGUGUAGCUCAAUAGGUGGGAAGAGUCUGUCAUAAAGGAAAAGUCUUGGGUUCAAUUCCAAGGGCUUGGGUUCUAUAUUGUGAGUUUGACUUGGGGUACACACUUUUUGGUGUACACACUUUUUACACAUGUCUGUGUAAGGUUUUUUUUAUGUCUGUACAGACAUAACGUAUCGUUUGGGGUGGGAGGUUACUAAAAAAAAUUCCUAU